AUGGGCAAUGAGAACAGUAGUGCAGAAAAUCAGAGUGCUCCACAAGAUUCAGAGUUAGGCCAGCCUCCUCCUAAUGGGCACGGUUUAAAAAGGAACCCUCAGGAAAACAGCACAGAAAAAUCUGGAGGUCAGCACAUCUCAGAUCUUCCUGCGGAGAGCAUAUCCUCAUCAAUUCCAGGACCUACAAGCAUCAGUAAUGAAGGCAUCAGUAGCUACAGUGCUGAAGAUUUACCCAAUCCAAACUCAAGCACGGUGUCUUCAGAGAUGACAGGACAGAACAGCAUCUUGCCAGAACACGGAGGACAAACAGGCUCUGAGUUCUUAAAGCAGGCUGCAGAAGCAAGAGAGAGAAGUCUGCCUACCUUGAUGCCUUUAGCAGACUGUGCCAAAGAACGUGUCACAGGAGAUCUUAUAAGCAGCAAUGACAAGUUACCAACCUCAAAUUGCAAUGCAUUGGCAAGUUUGGAAGCAGUGCCAUCACCAGAUCCAGUCAAUGAUAAAGAAGAGGGAAUAGCACAUGCCUUAUCAGUGGACAGAGGCCUGAAAAGUGACAACAUUGCUGCCACUUCAAUGAAAAACAGUGAGAAUGAUCCCAGAAACCCAAGCCUGGAACCCAGCCCUCCUGCAGCGAUUACAGAAAUGCAAGGAGUCACACAAAUGAGUUUGAGUGAAUUAGAAUGGCUCUGGCAGAGUGAACAGCUGGGUGGCAUGAGGGAACCACAUGUCAGCACGUUUCCCCAGGGUAAAGAAGCAGGAGAUUAUUUUACUGCUCAGGAGGCCAAGCAGGAGCGAGGAGUUUUGGAAGUAGGUCAGCCACACAGUGUAAUGCAGCAAGGUAGAUGGAACACAGAUGGUGGAGAGGGUCUGCUAAUGAAAAAGGAAACCUUAAUCCUAAAUUAUCCAGCAACAGGAGGCUCAGAUGUUGAAAAAUUUGGAGCAAUAGCGAAUGCUGAGGGCUUCACUGAGAUCAAUGAAGUCUGUAAUCUACAGAUGGGGGCUGUAACAACAGCUAAAGGGAGCAAGGCAAACCCAGCUCUAUCUGGAAGCAAAGGGGAGCGAUCAGAAGCCUGUACUUUAAUGUCAGAGUUGCCUUCUAACCCUCCGAGUCUCUUCCUGGUACCAAAGCCUGAAGAGCCUUCGAGGGAAGAUGUGCCUGGAAAUGACUCUGAAGAUCCAACGAGGAGUGAAGCAGUGAAAACAGCCUCUGAAAAAAAUGAACCCAUUUUUCAAAGAGAGCUUCAAAAGGAGAAUGAGCUUGUUAGCGCUGAGCAUUUCAGUGUGCCUUUAUCAUUCGAGCGAGAGGAAGAACAAAAAUCAGCUGUCACAACUGAAAGCCCAAAAGAUGAAGCCAGUAGCAAUGAAAUUGUAAAAGCUGAUGAUGUGUCUAGAGAAAGCACCGCACUUUCUGAAACAGAAAGCAUUAUCAAUCCCACCAAGGAAAAUUCCCUGGCAGAUAAAAGAUUAUUACUGGAAGAAUACGCAUUAAGUACAUCUCUGAGCAGAUCCACAGAGCUGAAUCAGAAAGAAACCGAGGCAACUGUUACAGGAGAAAAAAAUGACAUCAGAACUGGGGUGGCACAAGUGGCAGAAACCAGUGAAUUACCUGAGGGGUGGAGUGGGGCAGAACAACAACUACUGAACCCUGUUAGUAGCCACCACCAGGAUGUGAAAAAUGCCCACUUGGGACACAAUCUCGAAGAACUCAGUUUUUGUGAAAAGCCUUCAGCAGGUGACCUAGUGGAAGAAGCUGAGCAAAAGCCUCUGAAUUUAGACAGUAACUUUAAACCACCCGAAGACCAUUCACAGUCUCUUGGUUGUAAACCUGAACAACAAAUGAGUACAGAGAAAACAGCUGCCACAGACGACCUGGAGAAUCGGCUCAUGGCUUCACCACAGUUGCCAAGGGACAAAUGCCCAUCGGGUUUUGAUUGGUUUAACUCUGAGGCAGAAGACAAAACUUCGGGCCAGCCAGGCUGUAACAGGACUGAAAAGGUUUGUUUAGCCAGUGCACACAGUUCACCGCUCCUCCACUCUGCGAACAAUACUGUUAAGCAGAGUAAGCAGGACGAAUCCUGGGAAAACGCUUUUGCUAGAGAAACUGUGUUGGAAUCUGAGUGCAAAACUGAGAGUGAAGAAAAGCCUGAGAGCGAUAGCAAGUCGGAAGAAAGCACAAAAAUGUCCAAAUCAGAACUCGAGUUCCAGGGCUUAAAUGAGUUGGCAGGGACUAUGGAUCGCACGGCUGUGCCAACUGAGGAGGCCUCAUGGGUUUCAGAAACCAAGGAGCAGGUCAGCUGCAUGGCUGAAGUGCCUCACGGUGAUCCAGAGCAAGGCCCUGCAGCUGCACAAACCAGUGCUGUGGAUGGUAAAGAAAACGAGGGUGUUCAACAAGAGAAGCACCAAACUGCGGUUGAAAGUUUCACGGAGGACAAAGAUUUGGCACUGAAAAGCAAAUGCAAAGCGGAUAUGGUGGUGCAAGCUCAGCAGGAGCAAGUGGCUGCAGAAAGGCACAGAAAUACGCAGAUGGCUUGUUCAGAAACCUCCCAAGCUGUAGUCGGUCCUUCAGGACUCACUCCUCGGCACGUUCGCAUGGAGGAAGGGGGUGACAGCCACACUGGUGAACACAGCUUCCCCUCUGAGAGUGACACACGCAGCUCUGCAGAGGCCCUGGAGUGCGGUAGCAGAGAGUUGCAGGAAAAUGCAGAUGUUCCAACUGCUCUUCCCCAAGCAGAGCAAAUGGAGAAGUCAGUGUCUGUUUCUGGGGACAGUGACUGGAUUUCAAAUACAGGACUCGAGCAACAGAAGCAGCAAAGCAGUCUGACAACUGUCACAAGAGCAGAUGAUCAGGAGCACAAAGAAAUGGCUCUAAAACCUGAACAGCCAUUGGACCUAAAUAAUCACAGCAACAUACCAGAAAUACCUCUAAACAUUUCAAACAACCUUCAGAAAGAAACUUCUGUGCUAGGUCCAGCACCAAUCCAAUGCAACUUUGACACAGCAGAAGAAAAGGUCAAGAAUAAAAGCAGUGCCAUAGUGUCAGAGGAGAUGGGCAGCAGUGAACACGGGCAAAAUAUUUCUGGUGUGGCCAUGCUUAAUUUGCAAGACUGCAACAAGCAAAACAAAACUGAUCUCAAGGCAGAAGAAAACUGCUGCAGUAAGCCAAACUCAAGCGAGCCCGAGCAGGAUAAUAAUUCUUUGAUCUCAGCUAGUCAGCAUGAAGCAGCAUGUCAUAGCGAUACGUUUUCUAAAGAAUCUGACAAGAAUGAACAGCCAGGCAGCAUAUGCAGGAUAAAGGAUAAAACUGGUGCGAGCCGUGCUGCUGCUACAAAUGCUCUUCCAGGGACACAGAAUUCAGCAAGUGCCACUAACAUAUCACAGGCUUUGCCAAGUGAUACAGAAAUAGCACAUACUUCUGAUAAUUCUGAGAAAAAUGAUCCUCAAAUAUCUCACCCGGAAACUCAAGGAAAAACACCAUUAAUGGCAAAAAAAUCAGAAAAGAUUGAAGGUCUGACUGCUGAUGGGGAAAUCAUCCGGAAAGAUGGAAACUUGGAGAUAAGUUGUGAGGACAGUGCUUCUGUCACAGAAACAAGCAAUAUGAAAAGUGGUUUAAGUCCAGGGGCACAAGGAUCUCCUUCACCAUUACAGGCACACGGGGAAGUAAUUCCCACUGAUAAGGCGUAUAAACCCAGGGGUGUUCAAAAGACACCAGAGGAGCCUGGUUAUUGUCAGGCAAAUAUUACAGCCCUCUCUACACAGACCUCUGCCCUCAGCCAUCCUAGCCAGCAACCUGGAAACAAUAUGAACAGCAGUGCUGGGGGGGAAUCGCUAAAUAACGAGCUGGAAGUUGUAGCAUGCCAAAAUGCUGUAGAAGGUGACUAUAAUUUGCAGAUUGCUGCAGGUUCUCAGGUGUCUGUGCACUUAGGUCCCUCACCCAGCGUAAGCACGGAUGAAACAGCACAUUCAGAAAACAGCCCUGUGGGGAGUGUGCAAGUGAGUGAAAAAGAUGCUCCAGACCAAAGUUUUGAGGGUGACGGAGACCGAAGUUUAUCCCUGCCAGAGACUUUAAAUGUGGGGCAGAGUACUGGAAACUUAUCACAGUUCAAUUCCGAGAAGCUGAAGAAAGAGGUAUCUGCAAUUAAAUCCAAAGAAACAAAAAGUGAGGUAAACUUCAAAGAGCAGCAAAGUGACAGUUCAGCAGAGUCUCUUUUAGCUCACCCUGCUCUGGAAGGGAAGCUGCUGAGCCUUUCAUCUGUUGGUAAACAAGAAGGCUGUAAUGAGGAAAUUGCAACCAAUAUCUGCGUAGAUGACAAGUACGGUAAGAUCUUAGAGAAACCUGGGAAUUCAGAAAAAGUGGAAGAGCUUUCAAAAGAGAAUAAUAACGUAAGCAGGGCAGAGAUCAGUAUUUCCGAGCAGUCUGCAGAGAACUCAGGAAGGGAGCGUGAGGCUCUGACUUGCAGCUCUCUGGACGUUGGCUCCAGCCUCCCAGACUUCAGGGAGCACAUCAGCCGGAUAUUUAAAAAAACUGUCCACAGCACACUGAGUGCUGAAUUACCCCAGCUUUUGUCUGAAAACCGUGCAGGCUUCAAGCAGAGUCCAGUGGCCAAGGAUACAGCAGAACUGUGCCAUGCUGAGAACUUUUCAGAAUCCAUCAAGGUGGACAGAGGAGCUCCCGAGGGCACCUCAGAAGCAGAGGGGCAGGAGUUGUCUUUAGCUGCUGAGACUUCCUGCAAAGCUGCCAAGGGCAAAUCUCUGCAACAAGAAAACACAGUGACAGAGCUGCCACCAGCAGAUCUCCAGGACACUGAGAAAAAUAGGCAGGCUGGUAGCUGUUUAGAAGUGAAUGGCGCUGCACCUGCUGAAUGCGCUCUGGAAAACCUACCAAAGCCAAAUAAAACCACUGAGCAUCCACAGAGCAGUGAGAUGGAAAGAAAGGAAGACGUGGGUGCUAGUGGCGUUGGGGCUGAAUCGCUAAUAAGCUUAGAGAUGAAGAAGCAAGGACCGGCUUCAUUUGAUGGGGCAGCAGCUGAGAACUUCCCUGCAUAUUCUGACAGCAAGCAACAACCCACUCUAGCUGGUAUCUCCACAGGCGAUGUGCAGAAGAGUGACUUAGAAGAUGCUGCUACCACAGAGGGAAAAAACUUAAUUACAGAGUGUAAUGCAGAACCGGUUUCAUCUGAAGAGGAUGCAAGUCUUCCUACUGAACAGUGCCGGGAUCCUAAGCCAAAUGAACAGGAGAGAAGUGAGUACGGUGAUCCAGACGCUGCCCAGAGCGUCUCUGACAUGGCAGCUUCAACACUUGUCCCGGGGGAAUCUUACAAUCCUGACAAACUGCCAGACGAUUUUACUGUGUUACCUGGGGAAAAUCAGGAGACACUCAUUUGCAGCAAUUUUAUGCAUGACAUUAAGUCUCAGAAUGACACGCAGGUGGUACAGGAUGAUCAAGUAAAUAGGAAAUGCCUGGAAACAUCAGAAAAUUCACAAGAUGCACGGCAAGAAAAGAAAGUGGCCAUGCAUGAGUUAAUAGAUUACUUAAAAAACGAAGUGAGCCAGGAUGAUUGCUUGCAAACUGACUCUAAACUAGAAUCGAGCGAUAUGACUGAGGGAGAUGUAAAAGAGAACAGUGACACGGUGUUAAGCGCAGCAGAAACAGGUAACGAAAAAACUGGAGGCACCCCUGAAACAGGUACUGCAAGGAUGUUAGUCACUGGUGAAGGUGACUUAGCUUUAAACACGAGCACUGAAGAGCAGGAAACAGACCUGGGCAAAAAUCACUCUCCAAGCAUUCCUGUGAAGGAGCAGAGUGAGCAUUCUGCAUGUGCAGAUCUCACUGUUGCUGAAAAUCAGCCGAGCAAGAUGAAUUCAGAACAUGAAAGCUCACUUCAGGAUGCCAAGAGAAAGCUAUCACCACUUGCGUUAAUUGAGCCUGAGAACCUUGACCUCAGUGAGCUUCAAGACAUGGCUGUGGCAUGAUUUCCUUCUGAAAGCCCUUCUGGGCCAGGUGAUGAUAUACAGUUGGCUUCUCCCCUUGAUCCUGCCGAGCAACCCUUAGCUGUCCCUGCGGUGUUUGGAAAUGCUGACCCUGUGGAUGCUGCUGAGCUGACUGCAGCAAGAUGGCAGUGCGUAAUAAGAGAUCAGGUUGUCCCUCCAUCUGUCCAGUCAAGAAACUGUAUCUUUGUUUUGCUCCUUGAGGAUGACUGCCUGCCUCUCUCCUCCCCUCCUGAUUACAUAUUGAUCAGGCACAACAUCGUAUCAUCUGCUCACACUUCCAAGUCUGCUAGCUGCAAAGAAGCUGAUAACCUAAUUCCUGGGGAUGUACAUGUGUCUGCGGCCCCUGGCGAUGGUGUAGAACUGCCUGCUGAAGAAACUACAGGUUUCACAAGGGAAGAAAAGAGGAGCUCUGACUCUGAAGAAGCAUUUGAGACCCCAGAGUCCACCACACCGGUAAAGGCACCACCUUCGCCUCCGCAGCCACCCCCUGAAGCGGCGGCGGCAGCAGCAGUUGUAGCAGACAUAACAGAACAAGAAAUAAAACCCCAGCUGCCCUUGGAAGACACAGCAUUAUGUUCAGAAACUAUCCCCGUAACUGAUGUGUCACACAGUGAAUCAGCUGAAGAAAGCCCUUUCCGUCCCCCUUCCCAUUCUUUUUCCACUGUCUUCGAUGAGGACAAGCCAAUAGCCAGCAGUGGAACUUACAACUUGGACUUUGAUAACAUUGAGCUGGUUGAUUCUCUCCAUGCCUUAGGACCGAGCUCUCCAGAAUCGAAGAGUCGUGACCCCAAAGCAAAUGUUCGAAGAAAAUCUACUGAUUCAGUCCCAGUUUCCAAAUCUACGUUGUCUCGCUCUCUGAGCUUGCAAGCUAGUGAUUUUGAUGGAGCAUCUUAUCUUGGCAACAGUGAGACGUUAGCGCCGUCAGCAGAUGCAUAUGGUACUGGUUCAAGUAGUGCUUCUAGUACCCUCAAGAGAACAAAGAAAUCCAGACCAGCUUCCUUAAAGAAGAAGCAGCCAGCAAAAAAAUCUCUGGAUGCUCCACCGGUGAAGGAAACACCACAAGAACCGUCUGACUGUGGCCAAGCAGCUUGUGCCCCAGGUGAGGAUAAAAAACUAUCUGAAGCAAAGGCUGACUCAGUAAAGCCCGAAUGUACUGAACCUUCUAAAAUCUCUGCUGAGAAACAGGAGGCCCUGCCUGUGCCUGAAGGAUCCUACCCUUUGGAUCCCGACGGUUUUGAAGGGAUUAGUGCAUUUGGCACGGGAGGUGGCAAAGUACAAAACUCUCCCCCCGCCAGUAGGAAAACACUACCUCUUACACCGGCCCCAGAGGCUGUGGAGGUGACACCACCUGACACUGGAGGACAAGAAGACCCUCCGGUCAAAGGCAUUGCCGUGAGGCUGGAGUUUGAUUAUUCUGAAGAAAAAGGGGUGAGUGAAGACCAUCAGGAGAGUACUCUUCCUCCCAAAAAGGCAGGUAAAAAGCCUGGUGCUAAAAUGCCACUACGGAGGCCAAAGACUAAAAAGUCAGUGGAAAAGCUUGACAAUGCUCCAACCACGCCGACCAAGUCACCGCCUGAUCCAAACGAAAUCCCUAUCACAAAAGGCUCUUACACUUUUGAUAUUGACAAGUGGGAUGAUCCCAAUUUUAACCCGUUCUCAUCUAGUACAAAAAUGCAAGAAUCGCCCAAACUGCCUCAACAAACGUACAGUUUUGAGCCAGACAUGUGUGAGGACUCUAUUGACCCUUUCAAGUCUUCUUCUAAGAUAGCCAGCUCGCCUUCUAAAUCUCCAGCUUCCUUUGAGAUACCAGCCAGUGCCAAUGAAACAAAUGGAACUGAAGGAGACAACUUGAAUAAACCUGCAAAAAAGAAGAAGACACCACUAAAGACUGAUACAUUUAGGGUGAAAAAAUCACCAAAAAGAUCCCCACUAUCUGAUCCUCCUUCCCAGGAUCCCACUCCACUGCCUACUCCAGAAACACCUCCCGUCAUAUCCACGGUGGUUCACGCGACAGACGAGGAGAAAUUGGCGUCCUCGGUGACCAGUCAGAAAUGGACCUGCAUGACCGUGGACCUGAACACGGACAAACAGGACUACCCGCAACCGUCUGAUCUGUCUACGUUUGUUAAUGAGACCAAAUUCAGCUCUCCCACAGAGGAGUUGGAAUAUGGCAACUCAUAUGAAAUAGAAUAUAUGGAGAAAAUAGGCUCCUCUGUGCCUCAGGAUGAUAACACCCCGAAGAAACAAUCUUUAUACCUAAUGUUUGAUGCACAGCAGGAGAGCCCAGUCAAGUCACCUCCCAUCAGACUGUCUGAUUCCACAACGCCAUGCUCGGGGUCAAGUUUGGAAGACCCUGAAGCCCAGCAAACCUCUGGAAUGAAAAUACAACAUCCAGCUUCCCGAGUCCUAGCUGCCAGCCAAGAGGCACACUUACAGUCACCUGACAAGUCAAAGCAGAAAGACCUAGAGCCCAUGACCCUAGGAACAACUCCAGAAGCUAUUGAAAUAACAUCUCCUGAAGACUCCUUUGUCUCUGCUGAUGCUCUUCUCAAUAGGAUAUCUAAGAAAACCUCAAUAUGUGAUCAGCCUGAAUAUCUAGAUCCUGACUUGGCAGAAAAGAACCCCCCAGUAUUUGCUCAGAAACUUCAGGAGGAGUUAGAGUUUGCUGCAAUGAGGAUAGAAGCGCUGAAGUUAGCCAGGCAGAUUACCCUGUCUUCUUUCCGCUCCGAGAGAGAACCUGCUAUCCCAGCAGAUGUUUCCAUCUCUAAAAGUGCGCUGUACUCCCGGAUCGGCACCUCGGACGCAGAAAGCACCACGGGUCUGCUCUACCCCCAGCAAGACUUAGACUCGGCGCUACGACUCGCCAGAGCAGAGAUCGUGGCCAAGGAAAGAGAAGUAUCUGAGUGGAAAGAGAAAUACGAAGAAAGCAGAAGGGAAGUGAUGGAGAUGAGGAAAAUAGUUUCAGAGUACGAGAAGACGAUUGCUCAGAUGAUAGAGGAUGAACAGAGAGAGAAAUCGGUCUCCCAUCACACUGUUCAGCAGCUGAUAGUGGAGAAGGAGCAAGCUCUGGCCGAUCUGAACUCAGUGGAGAAAUCACUGGCAGAUCUUUUCAGGAGAUACGAAAAAAUGAAAGAAGUGUUGGAGGGCUUUCGGAAGAAUGAAGAAGUGUUAAAGAAAUGUGCGCAGGAAUACUUAUCACGAGUGAAGAAGGAGGAGCAGAGGUACCAAGCACUCAAAAUUCACGCUGAGGAAAAACUGGACAGAGCCAACGCUGAAAUCGCACAAGUGAGAGGCAAGGCUCAGCAAGAGCAAGCAGCGUACCAGGCCAGCCUUCGUAAAGAGCAGCUGAAAGUGGACGCGUUGGAGAGAACACUGGAACAAAAGAACAAAGAGAUAGAAGAAUUAACAAAGAUUUGUGAUGAACUGAUUGCCAAAAUGGGGAAAAGCUAACUUUUAACCAAAUUUCUGGACUUCGGUAUUGAGUGCAAUAUGACCAUUGGCACACUGAUGUCCAUACAUUUAUGUGGACAGGUUAUAUUUUCACUUUUUCGUAUGCACUACUGUAUUUUCUUUCUAAAUAAAGUUGAUUUAAUUGUAUGCAGUACUAAGAUGACUAUCAGAAUUUCUUGCUAUUGUUUGCAUUUUCAUAGUAUAAUUCAUAGCAAGUUGAUCUCAAAGUUCCUGUAUCAGGGAGAUUGUCAAGUUCUCUAAGAAAUUACAAAUUGCUGAUCCUAGCCUUCCCUUUGUACAUGAGUUCCCAUGUUGGAUGUCUUUUGGAUUUAAUAUAAAAAUGUAUUACUUGCAUGGGGACUCUUGCCUUAAGGAGUGUAAACUUUAUCUGCAUUUGCUGAUUUGUAAAAUAAAAUUAAAAAUGAAAAAAAAAAUGAAAAUGCAUUUCACUUAAAUGAAAUUCUCUAUUGUAAAUAAAUUUUUUCGUUGAAAGUUGA